CUUUCUGUCUCUUCUCCAUACUUUUAGUAAUCGCCGGUCCACACUCUGGUCGCUCAAACGGCCACCAACAACCGCUUCAAGCCGAGUCAAGAGGAAGCGAAUAGUAGUACUGUUCGUGUCCUCAGAAUGGCCCUCGAUCCAUCUCCCGCCGCGGUCACUCCAGGAUCUGUAUGUCACUCGUGGACAGACAAAUAGGCGAAACCAUGCUUCGUUGCGUGCCCACCUGCCACGCCUUGGCCGGACCAUCGGAAAGGCAGAAUAUUGGAGGGGAAAUUGUGGGUGGCAGCUGUGGGGGGAAAGUCACCAUCAAGACGUGACCAGCGAACGAGGUGGCACUGUGGAUGAAUUGAUUGCUAGCACUACUACCCGGGUACGGACUGAUCACUUUUCUCGAGCUCCCACCCCCAGAUCCCCGAGCUCGGUCUCUUCGGUGUUUCUCUACCUUCUCCUUGUCACUUCAAGUGUUCCUUAUCGUAUCGUCACCUUGCAGCGCGUCAGUCUCCACCCCAGGCGUGCUGGUGACGAAUAUUACAGUCGAGAUCUCCUGUUGCAUGUCAAAUGACCACCACGUUUAAUCCAGUCCAGACUUCUCCAACGGAGGCCUCCGAGGACAGGAAUUCGUCUGUCUCAGGCAGCGAUGCCGAAAAUGACACCCCGAACAAUGGGCCGGAUUCCGGCAAUGCCAGCAAGAAGAGGAAGCGAUCACUGAAAAUAUCCUGUGAGCUGUGCAAGGCAAGAAAGGUCAAAUGCGAUCGAGUCGAACCGGCCUGUGGCUGGUGUGCGCGCAACAACAGAGUAUGCGUCUACAAGGAGAGGCAAAAGCCCGGUCUCCGGGUAGGUUAUGGCCGCGAACUCGAAGAAAAAAUCAACCGGCUCGAGGCUCUGCUGCAGGUGAUGGGUCGUCGCCUAGAGGAGCAUAUCGUUGAGCAUGGCGAUUAUUCUCGCCAUCGACCUGGUUCGGUUCGAAUGAGCACCUCGCAACCGCCACAAUUUCCCACGUAUGCCCAGAACGAUCCCCGGCCGUCAACUGCCAGCAUCAUGUCUCAAGAUACUCCUGGCUCAGACCCGAGAUGGGGUACAGCCAAUGCUUACGAACGCAUGCAGUACUCUCGGCCCCAGGAUGCUAUGUCUAUACGUUCAGUCGUGGAUACCACGAACCAUGACGUGAUGUCCCAGAGCGACAGAGCCACUUCAACUGCCUGGUACCCAGCCUCCACCCCGGCGCCCUCAUUAAUGCCGGAUUCGGAACUUCCGCCUUAUGACCUUCUAUACACCCUCGUCGAUUUGUUCUUUAAACAUGUCAACCCCUGGUCGCCUAUUCUCGAUCGCAAAGCCACUUUCGAUGCCUUGUUUGGUUCUCAGUCCAUGGAGGAACCCGAUCGCAUACUUUUGCACGCUAUCGUGGCAACAGCACUCCGCUUCUCCAAAGACCCACGGCUGACGCCAGAGUCCAGGAGUCAGUUUCAUGAGAUAUCGCGCCAGAAGAUCAUGCUAUAUGCGCUCGAUCAUCCUUCUGUCAGAGCGCUGCAAGCUUUGGUCAUCCUUGCUGUCGAUGUUCUUGGGACAUCGAACGGUCAACAGGGCUGGAACCUGCUGGCCCUCACGGCGCGCAACAUCGUCGAGCUCGGACUGGAUGUGGAAAGAGGCGCAUAUCUUGAGUCCUCGGCAUGUCCAUCAUCGACCCUGCUUCAAGCUGCGCAGCCAAAGAACUGGAUCGAGAACGAGGAACGACGUCGGUUAUGCUGGAUGACAUUUGUGCUAGACAGAUAUGCCACGGUGGCAACGGCGGAUGCCUUCAUGCUGGACGAGAGAGAGAUGGACCGAUGCUUACCAUGUCGAUACGAUUUGUUGUCACGAAAUGAACCCGUGGAGACCAGAUGGUACCGCCGCGGUUCGCCGUCGGAAACGAUUGUGAAUAGGCCCGAGAAUUUGGGGAGCUUUUCUUACCACUGCGAGGUUCUAGGAAUUUUAAGCCGCAUCCAUCGGUUUCUCCACCAGCCUCUUGAUAUUACCCGCCUCCCGGACAUUCAAAGGUGGCGUGAAACCUACCGAGAGCUCGACGGUGAGCUCAACAGCUGGUUACACAAUCUCCCCGGAGAAUACGGCAAAAUUUCCCAAUUGUGCCAUUCCGACCCUGGCAGUCGGAUUUCCAAUUGGAUCAUGCUCCAUGCCGCCUUUGUCACGUCCGUCAUUCGCCUUCAUUCGUCCGCCGCCUAUCCCACAAUCAAGUCGCCGGUCUUUACGCCGUCAUAUCAUGCCAUCCAGAGGUGUCUCGGUGCCGUCGAGAGUCUCCGCGAGAUUGCCCAGGACGUCCUAAAUACAGGCAUGCUCGCUCUCCUCGGCCACCCUUUCGCGUUUUCCCUUUGGGUCUCUGCGAGACUGCUUCUUGUGCACGCCGCGACGAUGGAAUGCGACGUGGAUCCCAAAAUCGGCUUCUUCAUAUCCACCUUGGAGCAGAUGGGCCAGCAUUGGCAGGUUGCGCGUGACUAUGCCCGGAUAUUGAACGACGUUGUGCACGAGGGCAAGGCCGGGUCUGGACGGACAUUUACUGCUAUGAGAAGGUGUGCCUACGACCUCAAUCUUCUGACGUCCCAACGUCCUCGCUCCGUCCUCGACCCGCCUGCUACACAUAACGUCUCGCAGAGCGAGCUUGAGUAUCUCGAAGUCUUCGACUUCUUCAACUACCCACGUGUUGACGCCAUCGCCGGCCUCGGCUUCGAUCCUUCAACCAAUCCCUCUAUCGCCAUGGGUCCCGUAGUAGGUUUGCCACACCAGAAUGGUAACGGUAACGGCAACGGGAACGGAACUGGUCCUGGCCCUGGAACGCCGACUCCGACCCAGACACCCUCCCAGACCACUGCCUCGGGGCAAAGCCACCCCCAACCCCAUGGGCCUGCGCAGCCGUCGUCGCAGACUCCGUCGUAUCGAGCCACGCCGGCGUUCGUCGUGGCGAAUCCCGAGUCGGAUUGGCUGAUCUUCAAGCCGCCGUAUGAGUAGUGCAGUGCCGUUCCCUUGCAUUACUUUCUACGACUCUGCAUAUUUACACAUUAGUACCAGUGUAUGAUGUUCAUGACGUACCAUCACGGUGUACAACGUUGUAUAUCAUCUAUAGCUUCGGAACGAAAAUGGAAAUCAAAACAACAUUGUGAAUCUGGUUUUGCUUCAUAUGCUACCAGCUUCAUUUUUCUUCCAC